CGCGGCUCCCGCCCGCGAGCGGUUGGGAUUUGAAUCUGCCUUGGAUUGCAGCCGGAAGUGUCGAUCCCUCAGCCAGGCAUGGAGAUCUCCUGCCCCGGUGCGCGGUGCCCGGUGCAAGAGCAGCGUGCCCGCUGGGAGCGGAAACGCGCCUGCACCGCCCGGGAGCUGCUGGAGACCGAGCGGCGCUACCAAGAACAGCUGGGGCUGGUGGCCACGUACUUUUUGGGGAUCCUGAAAGCCAAGGGGACCCUGCGACCACCUGAGCGCCAGGCCCUGUUUGGCUCCUGGGAGCUCAUCUACGGCGCCAGCCAGGAGCUGCUUCCCUACCUGGAAGGAGGAUGCUGGGGCCAAGGGCUGGAGGGCUUCUGCCGCCACUUGGAGCUCUAUAACCAGUUUGCUGCCAACUCAGAGAGGUCCCAGACCACCCUGCAGGAGCAGCUAAAGAAAAAUAAAGGUUUCCGGAGGUUUGUACGGCUUCAGGAAGGCCGCCCUGAGUUUGGGGGCCUUCAGCUCCAGGACCUGCUCCCUCUGCCUCUUCAGCGGCUCCAGCAGUAUGAGAAUCUCGUCGUUGCUUUGGCUGAAAACACAGGUCCCAACAGCCCUGACCAUCAACAGCUCACACGGGCUGCCCGACUGAUAAGUGAGACUGCCCAGAGAGUCCACACUAUUGGUCAGAAACAGAAGAAUGACCAGCACCUUCGGUGUGUCCAGGCUCUGCUCAGUGGACGCCAGGCAAAGGGGCUGACCUCAGGGCGCUGGUUCCUACGCCAAGGCUGGCUGUUGGUGGUGCCUCCCCAUGGGGAGCCUCGGCCCCGCAUGUUCUUCCUCUUCACUGAUGUGCUCCUCAUGGCCAAGCCUCGACCUCCACUGCACCUGCUGCGGAGUGGCACCUUUGCCUGCAAGGCCCUCUACCCCAUGGCCCAGUGUCAUCUCAGCAGGGUCUUUGGCCACUCAGGAGGCCCUUGUGGUGGGUUGCUCAGUCUCCAUGGAAACAGCAAGGGCUUCAGCUUUAGCCUGGACCUUUCUGAACCAUGCCCUAAGAGGUGGUCUCUCUCUAGCUGUCCUUCCCUCAUGAGAAGCUACUGCUUAUGUCCACAGACCAGGAGGAGCUGUCACGCUGGUACCACAGUCUGACUUGGGCUAUCAGCCAGAAAAACUAGAGGAAUCUUAUAGAUUCCAGAACUCAGGAUACCUCAGGGAUAGGUCACAGCCAAGAGUACAAAGGAAUCUUCAGUACUGAACGAAACAGAACCCUUCAUGAUUUGACAAAGGUCACUUUGUGUUUGCCUGGACCAAGCUACUCCAGAUCAUCUGACCAACUCUUAAAAAUCACGGCCAGGCACAGUGGCUCAUGCCUGUAAUCCCAGCACUUUGGGAAGCAGAGGUGGCAGGAUCGUUCGAGCCCAGGAGUUCAAGACCAGCCUGGGCAACACAGUGAGUGAGACCCUGUCUCUAUUUAAGAAAAAAUAAUUAAGAAAUUUUAUUGAAAAAGAAGAAUCAGGAAACCAAGUCUGACCCAACUGAACCAGCCCCUAACACAGAUGAGGGGAUUUGGGACUGAUAAGCUCUGUGCUGUGUCCAUGGCCCGUCAUUUAUCAAGGUUGCAGCUUUGUAAAUCUGGCUAUUUUUAUGUUGUGUAUAGUUUCUAUCAUUUAUUUUUCCACUGGAUUUGAGUAAAGUUUUUUUUCUUUUUUUUGUGAAAGA